AUGCCUGCAGUCAUUAACACAUUUGCGCAGAAAAUGCAGACGCUCCGCCUCGAGGCGGACGACAACGCGGCCAAAGCCGAAGAACUCAAGACAAAAGUCAAGACCCUCGAACAGGAGAACCUGGCCAAAGAACAAGAGAUCACAUCUUUGACCCACCGCAACCAGGUGCUUGAAGGUGAGGUUGAGAAGCUCGAAGGGCAACUCAAAGAUGCCAAAACCACUGUGGCCGAGAGUGCUCAAGCUGGGCAACAAUCCGAAUCUCUGCAACGACGCUUACAAGUUCUUGAAGAGGAGGCUGAGGCAUCUGACAAAACUCUGAAAGAAACCAUUGAGAAACUUCGACAGACAGACGUCAAGGCCGGUCACUACGAACGAAAAGUCCAAGCUCUGGAGCAAGCACGAGACGAGUGGGAGUCGAAGUACGAGGAGAUGUCCAAGAAGCAUGCGGAGCUACAAAAGGAAUUGCAAGAAUUGGAGCAAGUCAUGGGCAAUAUCUAG